CCAGGCCGCCGGUUCCCAUAGCUGCGGAGCAGAGCGUGCUGCCAUGGCGCUGGCCAGGCCACGGACCCGGGACCCCAGGCUCCCAGCCCCUUUCUUGCUGCUGAUGCUGCUCUGGGCCCCUGCCCUUGCCCUCCUGGCCGGAACAGAACCUUCAGAGGCUCGGAGUGCCUGUGCCUCAGACCCAUGCUCUCCAGGGACCCAGUGCCAGGCUACGGAGAGCGGCUACACCUGCAGGCCCACCGAGCCCCAGGGCUGUGCCACCCAGCCCUGCUCCCACGGGGCGCUGUGCGUGCCCCAGGGUCCAGGUCCUGACGACUUCCGCUGUUACUGUGUGCCCGGGUUCCAGGGCCCCCGCUGUGAGCUGGACAUCGAUGAGUGUGCCUCCCGGCCCUGCCACCACGGGGCCACCUGCCGCAACCUGGCCGAUCGAUACGAGUGCGACUGCCCCCUUGACUAUGCAGGCGUGAACUGUGAGGUGGAGGUGGACCAGUGCGCCUCGGCGCCCUGCCUGCACGGGGGCUCGUGCCUGGACGGCGUGGGCUCCUACCGCUGCGUGUGCGCGCCGGGCUACGGGGGCGCCAGCUGCCAGCUGGACCUGGACGAGUGCCAGAGCCAGCCGUGCGCGCACGGGGGCGUGUGCCACGACCUGGUCAACGGGUUCCGGUGCGACUGCGGGGACACGGGCUACGAGGGCGCGCGCUGCGAGCAGGAGGUGCUGGAGUGCGCGUCGGCUCCCUGCGCGCACAACGCCACCUGCCUCGAGGGCCUCGGGAGCUUCCGCUGCCUCUGCUGGCCAGGCUACAGCGGCGAGCUGUGUGAGGUGGACGAGGACGAGUGUGCCGCAGGCCCCUGCCAGCACGGGGGCCAAUGCCUGCAGCGCUCCGACCCGACCCUCUACGGGGGCGCCCAGGCCGCCCUCCCUGGCGCCUUCAGCUUCCGCCAUGCUGCUGGCUUCCUGUGCCGCUGCCCUCCAGGCUUUGAGGGGGACGACUGCAGCGUGGACGUGGACGAGUGUGCCUCCCGGCCAUGCCUCGGUGGAGGCAGCUGCCAAGACCUGCCCAACGGCUUUCGGUGUCACUGUCCAAAUGGCUACACAGGCCUGACGUGUCAGGAGGAAGUGGACGAAUGCCGGUCGGAGCCUUGCCUCCAUGGGGGGACCUGUGAUGACAUCACGGCAGGCUACACCUGCCGGUGCCCGGAGGACUGGGGUGGGCAUGACUGUUCUGUGCAGCUCACUGGCUGCCAGGGCCACACUUGCCCACCGGCUGCGACCUGCAUCCCUACCUUUGAGUCUGGAGUCCACAGUUAUGUCUGCCGCUGCCCACCUGGUACCCACGGACCUGCUUGUGGCCAGAAUACCACCUUCUCCAUGGUGGCUGGGAACCCUGUGCGGGUAUCAGUACCAGCUGGUGGGCCCCUGGGUCUGGCACUGAGGUUUCGCACCACCCUACCUGCUGGUUCCUUGGCCACUCGCACUGAGACCCAGGACAGCUUGGAGCUGGAGCUGGCACUGGCGGCAGCCACACUUCAGGCCACACUCUGGAGCCACGGCAAUACCGUUCUAGUCCUGAGGCUGCCAGACCUGGCCCUAAAUGACGGCCACUGGCACCGAGUGGAGGUGACGCUCCGCCUCGAGGUCCUGGAGCUGCGGCUCUGGCAUGAGGGCUGCCCUGCCCAGCUCUGCGUGGCCUCCAGCUCUGUGCCCCAGGCUCCUGCAGCCUCCCCGGCCACGCCGCCUGCCGGGUUCCGCUCUGUCCAGCUGGGUGGCGCAGACUUUGCCGGCUGCCUCCAGGACGUCCGUGUGGAUGGGCACCUCCUGCUGCCUGAAGAUCUUGGGGAGAGCGUCCUCCUGGGCUGCAAGCGCCAUGAGCAGUGUCAGCCUCUGUCCUGUGCCCACGGAGGGGCCUGCGUGGACCUGUGGACUCACUUCCAUUGCGACUGCCCCCGGCCCUACAGUGGACCCACAUGUGCUGAUGAGGUUCCUGCAGCCACAUUUGGCUUGGGGGGCGCCCUGAGUUCUGCAUCCUUCCUGGUCCAUCGGCUGCCAGGCCCCAACCUCACGGUGUCCUUCCUCCUCCGCACUCGGGAACCUGCUGGCCUGCUGCUCCAACUCCAACUUGCCGACGACUCGGCAGCUGUCCUGACAGUGUUUCUGAGCGAGGGCCAGAUCCGGGCCGAGGUGCGGGGCGGUCCUGCUCUGGUGCUGCCCGGACCCUGGGACGAUGGGCUCCGCCGCCUGGUGACACUCAGCUUCGGGUCUGAGCAGCUGCAGGGCUCGGGGCUGCAGGUGCACGUGGGUGGGAGACGCCUCCCUGCAGACGCCCAGCCUUGGGGUGGGCCCUUCCGCGGCUGCCUCCAGGACCUGCGACUCAAUGGCCUCCACCUCCCCUUCUUUCCGCUGCCACUGGGGAACGCAAGCCAGCCCCUCGAGCUGGGCAGCAGGCAGGCCUGGAACCUCACCGCGGGCUGUGUCUCUGAGGACCUGUGCAGGCCCAACCCCUGUCUCAACGGUGGGACUUGCCUGGUCACCUGGAAUGACUUCCACUGCACCUGCCCUGCCAACUUCACAGGGCCCACGUGUGCCCAGCAGCUGUGGUGUCCCGGCCAGCCCUGCCUCCCGCCUGCCACCUGUGAGGAGGUCCCUGAUGGCUUUGUCUGUGUGGCGGAAGCCACGUUCCGCGAGGGCCCUCCCAUCCCAUUCAGCGGACUCAACGCAUCGUCGGGACACGAGCUCAGCGGCCUCUCGCUCGCCUUCCGCACACGCGACUCGGAGGCCGGGCUGCUGCGCGCCGCCGCGGGCACCCUGGCCGCCGUCUGGCUGGCCGUCCACAACGGCUCGCUGGCGGCUGGCGUGCGCAGCGGCCGCGGUCUGCCGGGCGCCGUGCUCCCCGCGCCCGGGCCGCGCGUGGCCAACGGCGCCUGGCACCGCGUGCGCCUGGCCAUGGAGCGCCCCGCGGCCGCGGCGUCGCGCUGGCUGCUGUGGCUGGAUGGCGCGGCGACGCCGCUGGCGCUGCGCGGCCUGGCCGGCGACCUGGCUUUCCUGCGCGGCCCGGGCGCCGCGCGCGUCCUGCUGGCCGAGAACUUCACCGGCUGCCUGGGCCGCGUGGCGCUCGGCGGCCUCCCGCUGCCCCUGGCGCGCCCGCGGCCGGGCGUCCGCCCCGCGCCCCGCGAGCACUUCGCGGCCUGGCCCGGAGCGCCGGCCCCGCGCCUCGGCUGCCGCGGCGGGCCGGUGUGCGCGCCCUCGCCCUGCCUGCACGGCGGCUCCUGCCGCGACCUCUUCGACGCCUUCGCCUGCGCCUGCGGCCCCGGCUGGGAGGGCCCGCGCUGCGAGGCCCGCGCCGACCCGUGUCGCUCGGCGCCCUGCCUCCGCGGCCGCUGCCACGCGCGCCCCGACGGCGGAUUCCUGUGCCGCUGCCCGGAGGGCUUCGCGGGCCCGCGCUGCAGGUUGCCGGUCCUGCCAGAGGGGUGCCGCCUGAAUGUCACCUGCCUCAAUGGCAGCCCGUGUGAGGGUGAGCCUCAGGGUGCCAACUGCAGCUGCCAGGAGGGCUUUGCUGGCCAGAGAUGUCAGCUCUCCUGUGAAGCCAACCCCUGCCUGAAUGGGGGCACCUGCCGGGUGGCUGCUGGGGCGUACGAAUGUGUCUGCAGCGCAAGGUUCUCGGGCCAGUUCUGUGAAGUGGUGAAGGACCUGCCACUGCCACUGCCGUUCCCGCUGCUGGAGGUGGCAGUGCCUGCAGCCUGCGCCUGCCUCCUCCUCCUCCUCUUGGGCCUCCUCUCAGGGAUCCUGGCAGCCAGAAAGCGCCGCCAGUCAGAGGGCACCUACAGCCCGAGCCAGCAGGAGGUGGCCGGGGCCCGGCUGGAGAUGGACAGUGUCCUCAAGGUGCCACCCGAGGAGAGACUCAUCUAGGCCUGGCUGCCAGCGCCAGCACCUACGAGGCCACGGACAAUUGCCACCUGGAUACCCUAGGAGGCCGCUUCCAGGAGGCCUUUGGGACGUGGCUGCCCCUUCCAGGCCUUGGGAGCUGGUGCAGGGCCCAGCAUACCCACUGGGAAGUGUCCCCUCUGCUGGCACCCCCUGCCUCUGUCCCACCGUGGACUGAGGAUAAGGGGGGCACUCAGGGCAGCAGAGAGGGCCUGGCAAGGCUGGACGAAUCCCUCGGACCCACCAGGCCUUGCCUCAGCAGAUGUGCAGCUGUGCAGGGCGGGGCACACGUGAUGCACAGGGUGUGUUCAGGAGUGUGUGUGUGUGUGCGCGUGCGCACACACGGUAUGGGUGUGUACCUGGGGACUGUUGAUCUACAGAUAUGCGUGUGUGUGCUGGACUGGGCUCAUGGGCGUGUCCACGUCUUUGCUGUGUGUGCAGGUGACUGUAGUGCAGGGGUCCUCAAACUACAGCCCGCGGGUCACAUGCGGCCCGCCGAAAACAUUUAUCCGGCCCGCCGGGUGUUUUUGCCGCCGCUGCCUGUUGCUUAGCAGCCGACUAGUUUUUUUUAAACUAUAGUCCGGCCCUCCAACGGUCUGAGGGACAGUGAACGGGCCCCCUGUUUAAAAAGUUUGAGGACCCCUGCUGUGUAGUGGGUGCAGGCCAUCCCACGAGGGGACGGCUGGGCGGUGGGGACAACCUUCACCGCUCGGGUGGGGGCAAGCCAAGGCUGCACACUCUCGUGGAGGCCAGGCCAGGGCUUGCCCAAGGACCAAGGCCCCAGUCCCAGUCUCCCUCCUCUGGAGGCAGCCGGGGAAUCGGGGAGGCCACAGCCAGCGGCCAGGUGCUCCUGGCUCCCUGAACACAUGCUGCUUCAGGACCUGUCUGCAGGAACAGACCACGGCCAGGGCAGAGGAGGCGCAGAGGCGGGGGUGCUGCUGGUGUCUGGGCCAGGCAGCCUCGUCAGGGCCUGUCACCUGGAGAGGGGAGAGCAGCCCGCCCCCUCCCAGGCAGGGCUGUGAGGAUCAGUGGGGAUGACAGUGGGAAAGAACUUGAAGUCACUGAACUCGGGUCUGCUGUGAAGGCUGUCUGGGUGUCCUUUUAGGUGUCAGGAGUUGAGGGAAAGACGGGGGGAAAGGGCCUCCCUGGGGAUGAUGAGGAUGAAGGAGCAGCCCCUCCCCCCAGCUCGGGGUUCCCAGCUCUUCUGCGGGGACCACUCCUUCACCUGCAGCCCAAUCGCUAAAGGCUUCUGGGAGGGCCCAGGGGAGCACUCGAGGGAGGCCCUCGGGUGUGCUGGCGCCCCUGUGUCGGCUGGUCUUGCAGUCACACAUGCAGGAACUUUGCUUCCCCGCUUCUCCUCGGCGGUGCCCUCACACUGGGGUCUCUGAUCCCUGGGGGAUACCUACCUGCCUGAGUGCCUGGCCUCCGCAGGGCUUCACAGCCCUUUCGUCCUGCCUGUGUGCCAGGCCAGUGCCUCCUGUGCCAGCGUGCCACGGCCACCCCUGGUACCAACCACUGAGCCACAGCACUGCUGUGGUUAGGAUUCGGCCAACCUUUGUUCCUACGGAUCCUAAGAUAUUUUAUGUGGAACCCCAACAUAUAAAAUCUGGGCCACUUUUUUUGGGGGGGAGCCCCAUGGUUUCCUUUUGCUCCUAAGGCACCGUCAUUCUCCAGGCAGCCGGGGGCGGGGGAGGGGACAGAUAUUAGGGUGUGCUUCUCGCCCACUCGGUGCAUCUCCCUUUCCAACACCAACACGACACGGCAGAGCUGCGGGUGCCAAGGUUCCCUCGCUAGUGAGAUCUGUGGGGCGACCUCCAGAUAUCCCCUGAACGUGUUCCUUCCUGGGCACCCUCUGCACAGGUGACCCGCAGCCCUACUCCGGGACCCAGCAGGCCUGGGACCAGCACACCCGAUGCCCUGCUUGCGGGGGGGCGGGGGGGGGGGGCGCUCAGAGGCCCGAAUGAGAACAAGCUUGGGAGUGGGCCAGGGUCAGAUGCUUCCCUGGCUGCCCGGUGGCCAGCGCCGCCACAGGAGGGGUCCUGAAGGUGGCUGAGGCCUCCCUCCCUCCCUUCCUCAAGGACACAGGGUACCAGCCUUCUCCCCAAGGAGCUUUUCUUGAACGCUCACGAACUUCCUCCUUUGGUUUGCUCAUGGGAACAAGGAGCAGCCACCAGCCAGAGAUCACGGGGUGGGCUCCGCUCCUGGGGCCACAGUACGGCUUGACUCAUACGCCCACCAGGUGGGCUGCCCUGUCCCCAACGGGUUCAGACCUGGAAUCUACAGAAACACCUGAGUGUCCUGGUGGCACCCACGGCCCCCCCUGACACCCCUCUCCCAAGCAGCUGGGAGAUUCACAGAAGACUUGCCUGAGGGGCCAUGGCCGACUCCAGGAGGAGCUGUGUGCGGGACCAGCAGCUCUUCGCACCCCUCGUCAGAGCAAACCUCAGGGCAGGCCUCACCCACCCAGGGGUGGCCUCCCAGCCCCUCAGUCACCAACAAGGCUCCCUGGGGUUCUGGGG